CCAAAACUGAAGCGUCACCGAAUGCGCUUUAGCUGGCCUGCCAGCAGCCAAUCACAUCACCGGACGAGGAGAAGAAGAAGAGGAAGAAGAGAAACCUUACAACGCUAAUAGUGCGGUUGACCGUCAGAAGUGACAAACAUGGCUGCGCCCUGGCUCUCUCCAUCAGUGAACAGGCUGCUGUCCGCUGCGAAGGUGAGAUGUUGUAGGACAAACACAAACCGCGGGCUCGAACUAUCUGACCUGAGUGUUUACGCUGUUUUAUAACACAAGACUGUUCCAUGUGACUGCACAUGACCAGACGGUAGUCCGUGACACUCUUGACGGAACAGAACCAGUCGACAGUAAACACACAAGUGUGAACCAGGUUGGAGGAUAACACACUCCAGAAUCCUGGAGAUCUGGUGUUUAAUCUGUUGGAGUCAGCUUGAACUUUUGCAUUAUUUCACGUUCUUAAAUUGUUGGACUAUUUGCUCACACAGUUGUUGACAAGUGGUGAACCUGGCCUCAUCGUGGCUUAUGAGGGACUGAACCUUUCGGGAUGCUCCUCUUAUACUCAAUCAUGACCCUGACCUGUUUCCAGUAAACUUGUUCACCUGUGGAAUGAUCCAAACUUGAGUUUUUGGAGCAGUCCUCAGUUUACAGACUUUUGUUGACCCUGAACCAACUUUUUAGAAGCAUGUUACAGCAUCAAAUUCAAAAUAAGUGAAAAUUUGCAAAAAAAAAACCAAUCAAGUUCAUCAGUUUGAACAAUUUGUUUUGUCUUUUAAUCAAUUGAAUAUAGGUGGAAAAGGAUUUGCAAAUCAUUGCAUUUGUUUUCUAAGUUUCAAUGUCCCAACUUUAUUAAAGUUGGGGUUUGUAUGACAAAAAUCAAAAGUGAGUGCAGUUACAAUGUUGCCUGAUUCUAUAUAUAUAUAUAUGUGUGUGUGUGUGUGUGUGUGUGUGUGUGUGCUUUGCAGAAUGCCUCAUUACAGUCCAGAUGCAGUGUGGUGCUCAGUAAUGGUCAGUAUUCAACUGUCCAUUCUCCCACUGAAAAGGUAAUGCAUAUCUCUUCUUCUUCUCAUUGUUGUUUGGCCAAAGAUAUGUUUGCAAAAAUGCCCAGAAAUAACAUUUUGGGCAACACAAGAGUAAUGUAUAAAACUGUAGGAGUAGGAUUUAAGUGAGUAGGAUUUCUGACCUGUUGGAAACUUAGAUGGUAUGAAAGUGCUUGAAUUCCUACUGUUAUUACUUGCAAAUUAGUGACAAAAGACUUAUAAAAGCUUGCUUUGUCACUGAUUAAAAUGUGUUUCUUUCCUUUUACAGACCUUUGACAAGAUCCUCAUUGCCAACAGAGGAGAAAUUGCCUGCAGGGUAAUACUGGAUAACUUAUUAUUAUAAUGUGGUGUUGUAUAUUUUUUUUCUUUUCCAGCAUUUUUGCCUUUCUGAGAUAGAGCAGCUGAAGAGAGGCAGGGGAGUGGGGAGUAGUGAGUGGGAGAAGACAUGCUGCAAAGGGUAGUAGCAAGGAAUUGAACCAGCCACUACUGCAACAAGGACCAUAGUCUCUAUAUGUGGGGGUCGCCCAGGCCAUUACUGUACCGUGCCAUUACAAGGCACAUUGGUUUUCAUAGAAGUGAAAUGUAUGUUGUCUAUGUCUGCAGCCCCUGAUCAGCUGUUUGGGUCUGUAGAUCUUUAACAAGAGACAGAUCUCUACAGCUUAUCACUGUACUGCAGUCAAGGGGGAGCAUGUACUAGUCCUGUACUGUAAAGUGAAAAAACACUUUCUGAUGCCAAAGUGUUGUGCUGAAAAUUUUCAAAUUAAAGCUCACUCACUUCAUAAACAUCAGAUUCUGAGAUAGACUUGAUCAAAUUAGCUAAAUGACUUGGUAGAGCUGACCCUGUCGUUAGCGGCAGAUAGCCCAGCAUCCACGCUCUCUUGGCCUCAGCAAAGAGGCUGAGAUGACUAGGAACCCUGUGUGUAACACAUUUACUAUUGACAGGUACCUGAAAUAACCCUGGACAAAACUAUCCCUCUAGAGAGCCUGUGAAGAAACCCUGAAGAGCAGUUUUUUUUUAAUUCUUCGCCUGCAAAGCUGUUGUCCACUCUACAAACUUUACUUUUUUUAAUCCAAUGUUUUUGAGAUGUUUUUAUCCUUAGGUACCUACUAUUAUGAAUCAAAGUUAACAUUUUACAGGAAAUGAAGAAUGGUAUGUCAGUGCAAACUAUGUGUGUUUUGUCUCAGGUAAUUAAGACCUGCAAGAAGAUGGGCAUCCGGACUGUAGCUGUUCAUAGUGAUGUAGACUCCAGUGCUGUGAGUUGCCACCUGUGUUUAUCCAGUAGUAGUAAUUAAAGCCCAAUUUAGCUUCCUGAAUUUUUAAGGUAAAGUUAAGUCACCAUCAACACUUUAAAAAAAAAAAAAAGAAAAUUACUAAUGGUAUCUUUAGAGGAAAGCACAGAAACACAGUCUGUUAGCUGUAUAACAUGCCUGAAGUAUCAACAGUCUAGUUAUAUACUCUCAUCAAAGUUAACAUCAGCCCCUUAGCUGCACCUGUUGGAGUGAAAUGGUGUGCAUGUUCAUCACAAAAAACAGUAACUGUACAUCAGUUUAAGAACAUCAGGCCCAUUCAGCCAAGGAGGAAAGCAGUAAGUGGAGCAAGGCGUAAACAAGAUCAAAUGCCAGGACUACAAGACCAUGAAAUACUCCCAAACUCCUGAAACAACAUGCUGCAAGUGGCUGCACUGGUCACUUAGACUAAAAAUUAGACCAAAACUUAGACCAAAAUAGAAAAGCUGUACUGAGUUAAUGACUUUAACAUGCUGGUACACUAAAUGUCUAGUUUUUGUGUUCUGGGUGUGUCUUUAGGCAACAUUUGUCAAGUCUGUUUCUGGCUUUGACUGAGGCCACAUAUAGAUUUAGCUUUACUGUGUGAUUCUUUAUUAAGGUCCAUGUCAAAAUGGCAGAUGAGGCAAUGUGUGUUGGUCCUGCCCCAACAAAUAAGAGCUACCUGAACAUGGAUGCCAUCAUGGAAGCCAUUAGAGUUACUGGAGCACAAGCAGUGAGUAUUGUUAUUCCAUGUUUUUCCAUAGCAGACUGCAUAAUGGAUAUUUUUGUGCUGGUUACACAUUUUCAUUGAGACAAGACAUAACUCUUGUAAUUCAUUAUGUGGUAACAUAACAUUAUACACACUGUUAUAAAUGACACCUGUUAUGAAACAAUUAGUUCACCGUCAUUUUUCCUACCACACCUUUUGCCACACCUUUAUAAUUGAAAGUAUUAUGGUUUCAGUUUUAAUUUUUUUUCUCUUUGCAAAGGUUCAUCCUGGAUAUGGGUUUCUCUCUGAAAACAAAGAGUUUGCAAAGCGGCUGGUGAGUAUUAGAUAAUUCCAGGUUCACAGUCAAGCCCUAUGUAGUGACAAGUCCUAUACUGAAACCACUUCUGGCUGCUAACGAGCCUGUUGUAUUUAUGUGUGCUCAUAGAAAAAAACAAAAACCAAACAGUCUUUUUAUAUUUAUGAGGCGUUUGAUUUAUCGCAUUUUGUUGUAGCCUACCGUUUAUUGCUUCCAUUAAGCAGACAUUGACAGCAAUAAACAUAAACCAAAAUUUAAAAAAUGUAAACGUAAAUCUGAGCACAGUCAGAAACUGUUUGCUACCCCAGCGGCAUCAUUGACACAAUAAUCACUGAACUUAAAACACCUGUGGCAAGUCUCAGACCUCACCAAAGUGACUCAUGGCUGCCCUCUAGUGCCUCUAGUGGAGGAGCAUUACCCCUCAACAUAAAGUGAUGGCUCUUGUCUACAGUCACACUGAGAUACAGUCCAUUCAAAAUUAAGUGAUAACAAAACAGCCAAAGUGAAAUUUUAACUAUUUUGAUAAGAAAGCACAUAUUUGUGCUUUUCCUAUUAUGUGAAAGCUUUUUAUUUUGGUCUCAUUCAUCAAAAAGAGGUCUAAAAGUCAACAAAAGCUUCUGCUUUCCUACAAAAGACUUGCGUCAAACUUAACUGUUUCAAAAUGUAACAUGAAUUUGGCAGUGGGGUAGGAUCUUUAUAAUGCUGUUUGUCUUCUACAACUAAUUUCAUGAUCUUUUUGUAUCUUAACCAGGCAGCAAAUGGUGUGACUUUCAUUGGCCCAGACACCCAUGCUAUCCAGGCUAUGGGGGAUAAAAUUGAGAGUAAGCUGAUUGCUAAGGCUGCGAAGGUCAACACCAUCCCAGGAUUUGAUGGAGUCGUUCAGGUAUGGUAGUGGAAGUUUAUAACUAAACUUGAAGUGUUUUCACCUCAUGUCAAAAGCAACACUCUACUGACUGUAAAAACUUACUCCAAGCAUGCAGAAGUUGUUAUGUUAUCUGACUCAUUUUUUCAAGACUCAAGUCAAGGGGUUUUUCAUCUAGAGUUCUCAGCAUUCUGCUUCACUCUUCAAACUAAGUACACCAGUGAAACCACAUCCCUGAAAGAGUGUAUAGCUGAGUAUAAUUGUUUGAUAUUUAACAAUGUGCCUGAUAUAUCUGUCUAAUGGCAUGAAUAUUUCAUUCUGUUAGACAGACAUGUCAGGCACACACAUGCACUUGUGUGUACUUACACAGUAUGUAUCACAAUAUUUGGUGUUACUACACUUUGCUUUCAAACCAGGAUCAAUUCUUCUUGGAACACUUGCAAAAAGACAGGGUUUUGUAGGAUUGUAGGUGUUUCAUCAACCAAUCAUACCACACAGGUGCUACUGCUCAUUAAUGUCACAUGUAGGUUGAAACAUUGGCUGUUUUCGAGUUACCUAUUGCAUACUCCUACCGACCGCAGUAUGCAGAAGAUACUGCAUAUUGAGUACUGUGUUUGAUAGUAGUAUGCAGUAUGACUGCAAGUCGGCUGUUGUUAUGAAGUAUGCUUGGCCCAGUUUAGCUUGUUUCUGGAAUGGAAUAGUACAUUGUACCCUGGUAAAUUGCAACAACACUACAAUGUUGCCCAUUUAUUUACGCACUGAAUAAAAAUCCCUUAAAUGUAUUAAAGGGGACCUGCCAUCAAAAUGUAAUUUUGUGUGUUUUUUAUGUCAGAUAAGGUCCAUAUUAUGCUCGUCUUAUGUUGUAAAUGUGAAAACAAACCGUUAUGUCGUUUGCAUUCUGUAAAGGUUUAAAAUAAAGGAACGGGUAAACCAGGCCAAUUGAAAAAGCAGGUCCCUCUGACGUAGCGCUGACCUUGCUCAUUAUUAUUCACGAGCGCGUCCUCGGUGAGCCGCGCCCACUCUCUCGUUCUCUUACUCAUUCACAGUCAACAUCACUCUCCAGAGCGAGACCCAGCUACCACUGUAUCCGCUAUGGGUCUCUUCCAAACGACCGGUGUUUCCUUGGGUUCACUGCCGGGAAAAUGAACUUAAAGCUGGGCAGAAUGAAUGAGAAAACACAGCUGGAGAUCUCUGGCUUCUUCUUCAACUUCCACCUCCUCUUCGGACUCGGGGUCUAAAAUAUAUGGUUUAAUACCUGCCAUUUUUAGCCUUUAGCAUAAGGUGACCAGACGUCCCCAAUUUCCGGGGACAGUCCCCGUAUUGGAUGACCUGUCCCCGGCAAAAGCUGUCCCCGAAAAUGUCCCCGAUUUAAGCGUUUCAGUGAGAGCAAAAAUGUUGCGUGUGGGCUCGAACAAUGGUUAUUACAGUAGCCGAAUAGGUAGGAAGCACAAGUAAGCAGUCCUGAACAACAGUUCUUAAGGGGGUUAUUACAAGGGGCAUGCGCUGCUGCUAAAUAGUACCGAGACUUUGUCUGUGAUCACGCAGCCCCUGCACCGCCGCCGCACCGAAUAUCCCUGGAUAUCAUUACAGACAUCUGGGCACCUUACUUUAGCACACAUUAGCAAAAUGGAUAAACUGAAAUCCGAACCUCCACUGCUGAGCCAAUCAGAGCACAGCAGGCUUCACAGCAGCGAUCCAAUCAGAGCAAAGCUCAUUACCAUAAAUGUUAAUGAGCCAAAAUCAGUUGGUUUUCCUGUAAGGUUUUUUAGGCAUGCUAAAACAAACCAUCAAAUAACUUUUCAGCUAAAAUUAUGUUGCAAACAUGAUCAGAGGACAUCAAGGAUUAUGAAAAAAUGAUAAAAAUGGGUAUGAAAUGGCACGCACUGUGUGUGCGUCAUGCGUACCAUACAGUAUAAAGGAUGAGGAGAGGCAGAAAUAUUUGAGGUGAUGGGAAUAGAGGAUAAAAACUGUACUGUAAAAUAGCAAAACAUGGCAUUCUUGUCUGUGGUUUGCACACAUAAUGCUGAAAGACGGAGGAGAAGACAGGCUGUCAGAAGGAGAAACCUGUUGGCUGAAUGCUUGGGUGAAAAGUUUUGCGGCUCCCUGCUAUUCUGCCGUCUGCCCAAGCGCUUUGCAACGUGGGUAACAGUAGGUGAAGCAGACUGGUCUGAUGCAUACUGUGAAAUUUUCCAAAUCAGUACGUCAUCCAGGUAUUUUUGGCAUACUGCAAAUUUCGUAUUUCUUUGCCUACUGCAUACUGCGAACUAAAUUUUGGGGAAAACAGUAUGUACUGCUAGUAUAGAAGUUGAAUUUGAAAACAGCCAUUGUCACGAACUGAAACAGAAAUAGCUGUGUAGAAGGCUUAAAACUGGGUGAGGAACAGCCAAACUGCCACUAAUGUGGGGUUGUGUAAGACAGUUUCCCAGGUGUCACAGGUCAUACACUAUGGCAAGACUGGGCACAGCAACAAGACACAAGGUAGUGAUACUGCAUCAGCAAGGUCUCUCCUAGACAAAUAUUUAAAGCAGACUGGUGUUUCAAGGCGUGCUGUCCAAGCUCUUUAGAAAAGACACAAAGAAACGUGCAACACCAGGACCAUUAACGCAGAGGUCGGCCAAGGAAAGUUUGUGCAGCAGAAAAAAAAAAAUACAUCAAGCCAAUUUCUCUCAGAAAUCAGAAGAUGUCCAGCAGGUCUUCAUGGAAGAGAUGCAGUACUAAAUACAUACAAUAAACACACACUAAAUAUACUAAACAUCCUAAGAGAAAACAGUGAGAUAUGAAGAACAUGGACUAUUGAAAUGAGUAAUAAAUAUGAAAUGCGAAAUAUACAGAUGGGAUGAUAAAUAGACAGACAGUUCAAGGUGCGUAAUGUGAUGUGGUAGGAGUUUUAACUAGGAAAGCACUCUGAGAGCGCAGACCUCCGCCAAGCAGCUCAUGUCCCCCCUUAUAUUGUGAUUCACACCAAAACUUUUAGUGUUACGUGUCUUUUAUUAAUGUUUAUUUGUGUUUAAACUGGUAUGUUCACUGUUCAUAAUGUUCCUGAAACAAGAAAUGCCCUGACCGGUAUUCAAACCCAGGACCUUUUUACUGUGAGGCAACAGUGCUAACCACUACACCACUGUGCCGCCUAUCUACACCACUGUGCUGCUCAUUGGUUAUCUUUCAGCAUUGAAAAUUCCAACAACACCCUUAUUUUUGUGUAUUCUGGAUUACAGUAUCCAGAAUUUUGUCCGGAUCACCACCAAAAUUUAAUGGGAUCCUCCUGGGGCUGAAAUGCACCUCCGGUGAAAAUUUCAGGUCAAUCCAUCUAUUACUUUCUCCGUAAAGUUGCUAACAGACAAACAAACUCACAAACAAACAAACAAACCAACGCUAUCGAAAACAUAACCUCCUUGGCAGAGGUAAAAAUGGACUAUACAGAAGACGGAUGUGAGUCCCUUUCUGACAGAUUUGAGUUAUUAAAUAGUGCAAUUGCUUGUGGCAGGAAUUACUUUUGCUUUCCUGUAUCUGUCCCUUCGACAGCGGAACUGCAACAGUCUGUUGGAGAAGGAGCUCCGCUGUCUGUCCAGAGUGAGGUGGAGAGGGUGGUCAGGGUUAUCCAUGAUGGAUAACAGUUUGGUCAGUGUCCUCCUCUCCACCACAGCCUCCACAGUGUCCUGUUUGCAGCAAGGCAUUAUGUUGGAGAGUGGUACAAUAAUGAGUGUCUGCAAGCAACAGAGGAUCAUGGUGGAGGUUCCUUGCAAGUUUGAGGCUGUGUUUCUGCAAAUGGAGUUGGAGAUUUGUCAGGAUUAAUGGUGUCCUCGAUGCUGACAAAUAUAGACAGAUACUUAUCCAUCAUACAAUACCAUCAGGGAAGUGUAUGAUUGGGCCCAGAUUUAUUCUGCAGCAGGACAACAACCCGAAACAUACAGCCAAGGUCAUGAAGAAUUAUCUUCAGCCUAAAGAAGAACAACAAGUCCUGGAACUGAUGUCAUGGCCCCCACAAAGCCUUGGCUUAAACAUCAUUGAGUGUGUCUGGGUUUACAUGAAGAGACAGAAGGAUUUGAGGAAGCCUACAUCCACAGAAGAUCAGUGGUUACUUUUCUAAGGUGUUUUUUUUUUUUUACAACCUACCAGCUGUCCUACCUCAAAAACUGUGUGCAAAUGUACCUAGAAGAAUUGAUGCUGUCUUGAAGACAAAGGGCGAUCACACCAAAUACUGAUUUGAUUUAGAUUUCUCUUUUAAUGCAUUAUGUUAACUGAUCAAAAUAAACUUAGCACCUCCAUUUUUUAAGUGUUUGUAGUUUACAGCAUUUUUUCAUACCUGCCUAAAACUUUUGCACAGUAUUGUAUAUAAAAUAUAGUUAUCUAAGGCACUAGUGAGAGUUCAAUAAUCAUAAACUUUAUGUUACAGACUGCCGAGGAUGCUGUGAAGAUUGCACAGGACAUUGGUAAGUUACCCCAUACCUUCCUGUUUUAUUAAGAUGGAUAAAUUAUGAAAAUUUGCACAAGGUGAUUUGGUUUUCCACAAUGUGGUUGCGAGUUUCACAUGUUUAUUUGCUUAUUUUGAUUUAAUUGUAUUCUGUUUUUUGGAUGUCUGCCCACCCAAACCACCUAUCCUCUGCAGAGAAAGUUAUGGUAGGAUUUGAAAUGUAUAACUGAGCAGGAUUUUUAGUUAUCAAGGUAACUACAGGGUUAAUCCUGGGUUUUCAGUGCUUCUUACCAGAGGAGGUUACUUAUGGAAGUGAUGCUUCACACCUGACAGGUUAGAGGCUCAGAUCUGUUGUGAGGCUGUACUCUUCACGCUUUUGAUGUUUGUGGUUCAUGUGUCAACUGUUUGACAAGAAAUAUCAAGAAAUACCAAUCCUUUGAGUCAGUUGUGGUUAAGGCAGCUCUGUUGUUACUUCAUUAACCUCUUAUUUAUAGAGGUCAUCAUUUCCCCCUGCUGUCCUGUACAGAGGAUCCGAAGGCAGCAAAGGUGUUUCACUUUUACCUUGGUCACAAAGGUAGAGGGAAGCAUAACAGAAGCAAGAUGAUGGUGUAAAUUUUGUUCGGUGUGAAAAAAAGAAGAGGCAUGGUGAAGGCAGGGCUCUGUUAAUGCUGUUGUAGAUUUUGUGAAAAAAAGGAUGAACAAAUAGUUCUGAGGCAAUACAGGUAAUCCAUUUAAACCGGGACAGCAUGUAUGCAUUUCUACGGAGCCCCUAAGGGGACAUAAAAAGAAAAAAUAUAUAGGAAUUUUCUCUAGGUUUUUUGUGUGAUCUCGCAAAAUGUUUGCGAGCCCCCUCAAAACUAUCGCAAGAUAAUCAAAAUCAAACCAAUGGAGCGUACUCAAGAUUGUAAUCACACACAAUACAGCUUCAUCAAGAUGUAUACCAAGACACCAGGUAGAAAGCUGGCUUGUUUUACACAAAACCCAUAUCCAAAUGUAUUCUGCUAAAAUAUGAUGUUAGUUCUGUUGAGUUAACUGAGUGUAAUUUGUAGUGUUAGUGUAAGCAACCCUGUUAGUAAUAGCGCAUUUAACAAAUGCUACUUGAAGAGGAUCAAUAACCUCAUCAUUUCUGUAUUGGUAUCACUAUGGAAGCAAUUGUGACUCAUAUCUCAAAUUCAAAAGCAUUAGCAGAAAUGGGUUUUCAUUUCAAAGUCAUGGCUGCAAUAUUUGACUCAAAGAUAAAAAUAAAAAGCAGUAUUCCAAUGUGCAUUUUCAUUUUCUUCAAGACAAAAUCAGAAAUGUUUUUCGUUUUCAUGUUAUUUCAAAGGAGAGUUGUUAAAAUUAGGACCAUGAAGCAUUUAAAGGAACUGUGCAGUAUAGGUUUCACAAACAAGGAGAUACUUCAUCCUCUGGCACAUCAGCAUUACAUUGUCAUAAGUAUAAAGAAUAUGAGAAAUACGUCUUUUCCGUGGGGAAAAAAACUGGUGUACUAGGAUUUCAAAUGUUUUUGAUAGUUGAAGCAGAGCGGAUCAGUUCGUCUCUAAAUCUGUAAUGUUUGGUUUACAGAUUUUAGUGAGCUCAGAGAGCAUGCGCUCAUGCAGCCUGAGCUGACUGUCUGCUGUUUUUGGGUUUCUUGUAUUUUCUUUGAAGACGCGCUGUGUCUCAAAGCGAGUCCAGCCUCUCACCUGAAAUGCGCAGCUGUGCAGCGGCACGCAAAGAAUUCUGGGAUACCAACGGCACGAAAGCGUGCAUAAAUGCACGCUUGAAGAAUGCUAAGCGCACUUAGCAUUUCUUAGCAUUUCGUGCCAAAUGGGACACCGUUCGCGCCGCGUGAUGACAUCAUGCACGCUUCAAAUGCGCCGUUCGACAGUGCGGUCUCUGGAAUGGGACACAGGAAGGGUACUUAACGGCACAUAAUGGCACAUAACAGUACAUAACGGCAGUGCGCUUAAGCGCGCUUAUCCCGAUGCGGUCUCUGAAAUGAGACACACGCUGCUUUCGAAUUGCCUGCUCGCAUACUACAUACUACUGCUACAUACUACUGCUAGAUCCUACUCCUACAUACUAAACACGUUGGCCCAAUUCUGACACACUAGACAAGCGGUGGGGAAAGACGACCCCCACGGGCAGAGAGUAGGUACUGCGCCCGUACAGACAGUUUUAGACUCUUUGAAUGGUAAUUGUGCAAGUGAUGGAUACUGCUGUAUUAUAUUCCUGCACUGCUUUAGAAAUUCACAAAGUAGCUUUUCCAUUACUUUUAGCCUUCAUUCACUCACGUGGUGAUUGUUUGUUCAAUGAGAUCUGCCUGAUUACUGCAGCUGUGCAGUUUAAUGAUGGAAUAAGUGAGCUUUACCUCCAUGAUGUCGCCACAUAUUUGCUCAUAAAAUGAUUACUUGGACAAAUAUGACACCAUGACAUGACAAAGAGAUACAACCGCACAUUUUUUAGGACAGUGUGUGAAGUUACAUGAGCCUUACAUCUGUACUACUGCGGUCCUGCCUGCUGCUGCUGCUGCUGCUCCUGCUCCACCAUGGUGCGCGCUGCAGCCAGCCGGUGUUCGCGACGCAUCUAAAUAGGCAGCAGCUGUUGGUGCUAGCAUCACAUGCGCUUCUACAACUUUUAAGAGGACAAAAAAGAAGCCCGAGGUGCAUUUUGGGUCAGUAGCAUGCCCGUAGGAUGGACCGCGACCAUACUAAAAUGUGGGCGUGUCUAGUAUCUGAAGUAGUAUCUGAAGUAGCAUGCUACUCGCUCCGGUGGCCAAUUCGGACAUGCUACAUACUACUUCGACUACGACUUCGACUACUACUUGGCAAUUCAGACGCAGCAACAGCCAUAGCCUGAGUCCGCAAUCUCAAGUGGCUCCGGAAAGUGACGUCACGGGCCCCACCCCGUUCUGGACCCUUCUGGCCAGAUAUAUGGAUAUAUAUAUACAUACACACAUAUAUAUACGUACACACACACACACACACAUGCAUAUAUAUAUAUAUAUACACUCACCGGCCACUUUAUUAGGUACACCAUGCUAGUAACGGGUUGGACCCCCUUUUGCCUUCAGAACUGCCUCAAUUCUUCGUGGCAUAGAUUCAACAAGGUGCUGGAAGCAUUCCUCAGAGAGCUUGGUCCAUAGUGACAUGAUAGCAUCACACAGUUGCCGCAGAUUUGUCGGCUGCACAUCCAUGAUGCGAAUCUCCCGUUCCACCACAUCCCAAAGAUGCUCUAUUGGAUUGAGAUCUGGUGACUGUGGAGGCCAUUUGAGUACAGUGAACUCAUUGUCAUGUUCAAGAAACCAGUCUGAGAUGAUUCCAGCUUUAUGACAUGGCGCAUUAUCCUGCUGAAAGUAGCCAUCAGAAGUUGGGUACAUUGUGGUCAUAAAGGGAUGGACAUGGUCAGCAACAAUACUCAGGUAGGCUGUGGCGUUGCAACGAUGCUCAAUUGGUACCAAGGGGCCCAAAGAGUGCCAAGAAAAUAUUCCCCACACCAUGACACCACCACCACCAGCCUGAACCGUUGAUACAAGGCAGGAUGGAUCCAUGCUUUCAUGUUGUUGACGCCAAAUUCUGACCCUACCAUCCGAAUGUCGCAGCAGAAAUCGAGACUCAUCAGACCAGGCAACGUUUUUCCAAUCUUCUAUUGUCCAAUUUCGAUGAGCUUGUGCAAAUUGUAGCCUCAGUUUCCUGUUCUUAGCUGAAAGGAGUGGCACCCGGCGUGGUCUUCUGCUGCUGUAGCCCAUCUGCCUCAAAGUUCGAUGUACUGUGCGUUCAGAGAUGCUCUUCUGCCUACCUUGGUUGUAACGGGUGGUUAUUUGAGUCACUGUUGCCUUUCUAUCAGCUCGAACCAGUCUGGCCAUUCUCCUCUGACCUCUGGCAUCAACAAGGCAUUUCCGCCCACAGAACUGCCGCUCACUGGAUAUUUUUUCUUUUUCGGACCAUUCUCUGUAAACCCUAGAGAUGGUUGUGCGUGAAAAUCCCAGUAGAUCAGCAGUUUCUGAAAUACUCAGACCAGCCCUUCUGGCACCAACAACCAUGCCACGUUCAAAGUCACUCAAAUCACCUUUCUUCCCCAUACUGAUGCUCGGUUUGAACUGCAGGAGAUUGUCUUGACCAUGUCUACAUGCCUAAAUGCACUAAGUUGCCGCCAUGUGAUUGGCUGAUUAGAAAUUAAGUGUUAACGAGCAGUUGGACAGGUGUACCUAAUAAAGUGGCCGGUGAGUGUAUAUAUAUAUAUAACAUGAAAGCAUGGAUCCAUCCUGCCUUGUAUCAACGAUUCGGGCUGGUGGUGGUGGUGGUGUCAUGGUGUGGGGAAUAUUUUCUUGGCACUCUUUGAGCCCCUUGGUACCAAUUGAGCAUCGUUGCAACGCCACGGCCUACCUGAGUAUUGUUGCUGACCAUGUCCAUCCCUUUAUGACCACAAUGUACCCAACUUCUGAUGGCUACUUUCAGCAGGAUAAUGCGCCAUGUCAUAAAGCUGGAAUCAUCUCAGACUGGUUUCUUGAACAUGACAAUGAGUUCACUGUACUCAAAUGGCCUCCACAGUCACCAGAUCUCAAUCCAAUAGAGCAUCUUUGGGAUGUGGUGGAACGGGAGAUUCGCAUCAUGGAUGUGCAGCCGACAAAUCUGCGGCAACUGUGUGAUGCCAUCAUGUCAAUAUGGACCAAGCUCUCUGAGGAAUGCUUCCAGCACCUUGUUGAAUCUAUGCCACGAAGAAUUGAGGCAGUUCUGAAGGCAAAAGGGGGUCCAACCCGUUACUAGCAUGGUGUACCUAAUAAAGUGGUCGGUGAGUGUAUGUGUACAUAUAUAUAUAAUAUAUCUGUAUAUAAUAUAUCUGUAUAUGAUAUAUAAAUUUCGCAAGUUCACGGAAAAGGGCAAAGAACUGCAUGAUGAGCAAGUAAGGAAGGUUGCUCAUCGUUUCAGUGUGUGUUAUGAGAGGUGGAAGGUUGCUAUUAAAGAAGCUAAUCAAGCACUAAGUGGUGGUCAGUGCUCAGAAGAGCAGCUGGAUAAAUACCUAACUGCAGUAUGUAACGCAUCCAAAGGUGUUGAUGCAGUUUAUGAUGAUUGGAAACGUAUUGAUGUUCCUGACAAUAACACCCGUCGCAGAGUUGACACCUGUGGAACAUUAACAAGGAGGCUUGUCGAUGGUGCAGUAGACCUUCUAGAUAAAGGAAGGGCUGAAGUACAAAGGCAAGCUAGAGGUCAAAGGCUUGAUGAAAGGGUCAUCGAAGGGAUACUGUCCGUAGCCUCAGAGAAGACAGUCAUUAGCUCUUAUCGCUCAAAGUGCUCCUCUGCAAGCAGAAAGAGUGCAGCUGCUGAGAUUGCAGCCAAUGAAGCUGCUUUAGAAGUACUGCUAGAGCAGGAGCGUCAUAUAGAAGAGCUUCAGAGACUUGAAGUUGAAGCUGCACAGCUGAAGGCGAGACAGGAAGCCGAAGCUGCCCAGUUAAAAGCCAAACAAGAGGCUGAGAGUGCAGAGAGACGAAGAGUGCUGGAAGCCAAGCGCAGAGAACUAGAUCGAUUGGAGACUAUUAAGAAGCUAAAGGAGGCCAAGGCACGACAGCAAGUAUAUGACCAGAGCGAACGUUCAGGUCAAUCAUCUAAGGGUGACUGCUCAGAUGAAGAAAUAAAUGAGCUUCUUCACCAACGUGUCUCUCCCAAGAAGGAAGAGGAAGUCAAGCCUCAAACUAGCCCAUUGCAACACCGUUUCACACAACCAGCUGUAACACAUUCAAAGCAAGAACAAUACAGUUCUCGACCUCAAGCUGUGUCACAAGACAGACCCGAAGACGGCACAGCAGCUCUUGUCAGACUGUUUGCUGAAUCCAUCAGUACAAGUCGCAUUCCUAUACCUGAGCCCAUAGUGUUCAGUGGCGACCCACUCAGGUUCAACGACUGGAAGGUGUCCUUUCAGACGCUGGUCGACAGGAAGAACAUACCAGCCGACGAAAAGAUAUAUUACCUACGCAAGCAUGUGGGUGGACCUGCCAAGAAGGCCAUAGAGAGCUACUUCUUACUUGGCACAGAGUCAGCCUACUAUGCAGCAUGGUGCAUCCUAUAAGAGCGAUAUGGCAAUCCAUUCCUCAUUGCCAAGGCCUUUCGAGAUAAGAUUGACACCUGGCCCAAGAUAAGUGCCAAAGGCAGUGCGGAACUUCAAGAACUCGCAGACUUCCUGCUGGGGUGAAGAUUCCAAGAUGCUAUGUUCCAGCAAGCUUCAACGUCCAACACUAUGAACUCCACCAUUUCGCCGAUGCCAGUGUGUCAGGCUAUGGAGAGUGCUCGUACCUUAGAGCAGUGAGUAUGACGAGUGAAGUCCACUGUUCCUUAGUGGUGGGAAAGUCAAGAGUUGCCCCUACUAAAGUCACAACCAUACCAAGACUUGAGCUGUCAGCAGCAGUGGUAGCUGUCCACACCAGUGACAUGCUCAAGAAAGAGCUGGAAAUAGUGUCUACAAGAAUUCUUCUGGUCUGAUUCCAGGGUUGUCCUUGGAUACAUCAAUAAUGAAGCCAGAAGAUUUCAUGUGUUUGUUGCAAAUCGUGUGGAACGCAUCAAACAAAGCACAGAGUCGACACAGUGGAGGUAUGUGGCUUCAAAAGAGAAUCCAGCCGACUACGCCUCCAGAGGGCUCACAGCAGACCAUCUGGUAUCCCCUUACUGGUUCACAGGCCCAGACUUCCUCUGGCAGGAGGAGUUGCCAAGUGGAGAAGUCAAAGUGGGAGAGAUUGCGAGUGACAACCCUGAACUUAAGAAGGUCCAGGUUCUCGACACCCGGACGACAGAAGUCAGGUCGGUGCUAGAUCGCUUGCACAAGUUCUCAGACUGGUCCAGAAUGGUGAAAGCUAUCGCCAGACUCCAGCAAUAUGUCAAGAACAUUAAAGGUCUCAAGCCAAGGUCCUGUGAAGCCACCAGUUUAGAGGAAAGGAGAGAGGCGGAGCUGACCAUAAUCAAGAUGGUUCAAGAAGCAGCCUUCUCUCGAGAAAUACAGUUACUCCAAAGUCACAAGGAGAUACCUGUCAAGGGCAGAGCCAAUAAGUUGCACCGGUUGAGUCCAUUCCUGGAUGACCAUGGUGUCCUCAGAGUUGGAGGCCGCUUAACUCAUGCCGCCCUACACCCAGAGGUGAAGCAUCCAGCGGUCUUACCGAAAGACAGUCAUAUGUCGAAGUUACUCGUCAAGCAUUAUCAUGAAAGAACACUUCAUCAAGGACGAGGGAUGACCAUGAAUGCACUCCGAUCCAAUGACAUAUGGAUACUAGGCUGCAGCAAAGCAGUAUCAUCUCACAUCUACAAGUGCACCAAGUGCAGGAAGUUCAGGAGAUGCACUGAGCAGCAAGAAUGGCAGACCUUCCAGAGAACUGAAUGGAAACAGCCCCUCCAUUCACCUACUGCGGGAUGUAUUGUUUUGGACCAUUCUAUGUAAAGGAAGGAAGGAAGGAGUUAAAGUGUUACGGAUUGAUUCUUACCUGUAUGUGUUCCAGAGCGGUUCACAUUGAGAUGCUCGACGACUUGACCACGGAUGCGUUCAUCAGUGCUCUGCGUUCAUUCAUCGCCAUUCGUGGAAGAGUACGACAGCUGAGAAGUGAUCAAGGAUCGAACUUUGUCGGAGCAAGACAAGAGUUUGCCGAAGCCCUGAAAGAGAUGGAUCAGGAAAAGCUCAAGGAGCUUGGAUGUGAGUUCAUCAUGAACACCCCAGCUUCUAGUCAUAUGGGUGGUGUCUGGGAAAGACAGAUAAACACCAUAAGAAGUGUCUUGAGUUCCAUUCUAGAACAGUCAGCCACGCAACCGGGAGCGCGGAUACGGCAUUUUAUAACAUUCUGUAGUUUUUCAAUCAUUUCUGGAGGCGAAUCAAAUCAUUGUCCGUCUGCCUCUGAUAGGCUAAUUAAAGCUUAAUAAAGAGAUCGGAUUCAUGCUCGGAUCUUGCUACAUGUUUCGUGAGUAAAGUAAACAAUGACUGAGGCAGAGAGUAGCUUUGGAGAAGAAGCAUCCAGCAGUGUGAACAACCUCUUCAUAUUGAGAGCUUUGACUCACACUAUCGGUGAUUUCUAUGAGUGUCGCAUGACUUUGGUUGAGCACAGAGAUGAACACACUGAUAGCCACGUAUUUACUUAGUUUUUAGCGCUGCUUUUGUACUGGCACUAUACCAGGGCAGCUGCAUACCCUUUCAACAUGAUUUUUUUUUAAAUUUAAUUUAGAUUUGUAUUAAAUGGACACUUUAUCAUGACUGCCACUUGUUUUAUAGAAAGCAAACUGUUUGUUAUUCUCCAGUGCAAAGCCUUUACUUUUAUGUAUACAGCUGCUUUACUUCAUUUAAGUUUGUUUGUUCAAGGUUUUCAAAAAUGUGAUGAAGGUUCAGAAAAAUAAAAGAUAGUUAUCUUGAAAGCCACAUGUGUAAGCUCUCAAAUAUUUUUUUAUUUUUGUUUCUAUCUGCUACAGAGGCCGAGAUAUCAACUUUUUUGUAAACCCCAACGCUGCAGAAAACCUCAGGAUCUGGGGGCCCUUCUCAAAAUUGCCUUCAGUAUUUCAGAGGUGUGUCUCAGACAGGGUUCAGGUCUUAAUGGGUUUAAGUAGUACUAUAUUAAUUCUCAAAAAAAAAGUGAAAAAAAGGGACUAUUGUUCCACAAAUCAGAAUAAAGAGAACUUCAUUAAUCUGCUUGGAGCUUAAGACAUAGAACAGUGCAGUCAGUGCAACUACAACACAAAACUAGAGAGACAUACAGUAUGACCAGAGCAGACAACACAAAAGGCAGCUUUACAAUUGAAACUGGUUAGUAUGGAUUAGACCAAAAACAAGUACUUUACAUAUGCCAGACACUUUGGUCACAAAAAUGUACACAAAGCUGUGUUGAAUCUAUUUCAUUAGGCUGCAAAGAGACCAUGAAUAAUAUUUAUUCAAACUAAAAGGCAAUUUAUGUUUGAUUCCUAUUGAAGUUUUUUGUACCAACAGUGACAUGUGCUGUCUUGGAUGGAUUAAAAACCCAACAGGCUGCUGUGUUCAGGAUUAUCUGCAGAGGUUUAACUGUAAGGAGUUGCAGUAGUCAAUACGUGAUCUUACAAGAGCCUGUACCAGGAGCUGUGUUGUGUGUUGUGUCAGGCAGGGUCUGAUCCUCCUGUUGUUAUAGAGGGUGAAUCAGCAGGGCACACGUUCAUUCAAUCCAAGCUAGAUGUUGAUCUGUGGUUGUAAAGAGGGAAUAGUUGGAAUGACAAGAAGCUCAGUUUCAGACAGGUUGAGCUGAAGGUGGUGUUCCUUCAUAUGUUAACAGUCAUUAUCAAGGUAUGAUUAGAUACAGACUGAGAUGGGUGUGUCGUCUAGAGAGAAUGACUGGUGUGGGGAGGAGGAUCAGUUGGUUGAUGGUUUAUGUCAUGUGAAAAACAAACGCACCUUUAAAGUUGUGUUUUUACUUUACUUUGGUGUUGCUAGGCUACCCAGUGAUGAUCAAAGCAUCUGCAGGAGGAGGGGGAAAAGGAAUGAGGAUUGCUUGGAAUGAUGAGGAGACAAGGUACUUUUUCCCUUGAUUUCCCCGUCAGUGUGUGAGCUCUGUUAUCAUCAUCUAAGUAAGGAAUAGGAAUAGUUAUACUACUCAUCAUCUGAAGAUUAUCUUCACCAAGUUUUAGGACAAUAAGCAAGAUGGCAAAAUGGGAAAGUAGUUAUUUUGGAUGAUGCAGAGAAAGUAAAAAGGAAGAUGUAAGAAAAUAUUCAGCUGAAUAGACGGAUAAAAAAUUGUAAUUUCUACCAUAGACCCAGCAGUUUCAGAGACUAUUAUAUCAGUGUUUGAUUUACCACUAAAGGGUCUCUUUAGAAAAGUUAAUAAAUUCUUAUUUUUGUGUAGAUUUGUGUCCUAAUUCACAUGUACAUGUUACUGCAGGGAAGGUUUCCGGUUCUCUUCUCAGGAGGCAGCGUCCAGCUUUGGGGAUGACAGGCUCCUCAUUGAGAAGUACAUAGACAAUCCCAGACAUAUAGAAAUACAGGUACAACAACACACAACAACAAAACAACACAAUUUUAAGAGGAUACUGCAAAGUGUCAGUUUAAAAAAGACGGCUAAUGUGUGUCAUUGAAGAAGAAAAACCUCAGAAACAAGUUCUCUGCAGACAGUCACAGGAUGUUGUCUGUAUCUUGCAGGUUCUGGCUGAUAAGCAUGGCAAUGCUCUGUGGUUGAAUGAGAGGGAGUGCUCCAUUCAGAGGAGAAACCAAAAGGUUGUCGAAGAAGCCCCAAGGUUAGUGGGGCUAAGUCUACCCAUGACUUUUUUUUAUCACUGAUCUUUUGCACAAGAUUAUUCUUAUUUAUUUAUUUAUUAGGGAAAGGCUACAGUUAUUGUUAUCAAGGUUGACUUAUGGCUUCAGCAGACUAAUGAUGUACUGUAUUUCAAUCUGCAUCUGUAUUAGCAUCAGUUUGUAAGAUUUGUAUUAUAUUUACAGUCGCUCUUGGAUUUAUUUUUUAAAAAGAGUCUAUAUUAUCGGGAAACAUUCAUAGUUACUUUUUAUCUCAUAAAUUGACCAAAAAUACCAAAUACUAAAAAAAAUUUUGGCAUUUGCAAAUGUUUUAAGAAACUCUGAAAGUGGCAUUAACUGACACUCCCUAAUGACGUUUGUUGACACAUGCUUCUGGCCCCCUGAGCUGGUAAAGGUGUGAGCUUGCUUCACACUUUGAAGCAAGCAGCUCACAAACUUUUGGAAAUGCAAAAAUGAUGUGUGUGAACGGAGGUGUGGAGGUAUUUUGGUGUUUUGAGGUCAGACAUGAAACAGAGUAACGUGCACUGCAAAUUCUGUCGAGUACAUGUUCUUGAAAAGUCGGCAAAUACCUCAAAUCUUUUUCACCACCGGAAACAGAGCCACAUUAUAACCAAUGUGUGUCAUUCCACAGAAUCUGUUCGGUGUCAGCCUCCGCUGCAGAUUGGCUCUGGCAGCCGGAUCAGAUAUGCAAGGCUUCUCUUUUUGCUGGACGCCACAGCACGGCGCAUCAAUCCAGUGCAGCGCAGCACGAGCAGCAGCGGUUUAUGCAGUUACAGAGUAAAAUUUCUGGUUAAUUUUCAAAAUAAAAUAAAGUCAAUACGUUUAACUGUUCUUAACUUGAUAAUAGGAGAGACCAGGGUUGUGGGAUGUGGGUGUUCAUAUACACCGCCAUUUAUAUACACCGAUCGGCGGAUCUUAUUCUAAGACUCCUGGGGAAACACGCGAGAGCUCGUGAGAUCUUGUGAGAUCUCGUCCAGUCUUGCAAGAAAUAGCGGUAAUCUUAGCGGCGGUGGAUUGGAUCCGGUGGGUGCUGUAUGCUUGCGGAUCUGAUCCGCCCGCUGGUCCGGAGCGGGGUCGUUCUGGAUCCUGUGGGUUUAGCCAGUAAGGAGCCCAUGGCACUUGUGCUCUAGUCUAGCGCAACGCCUUACGACAAAAUGUCAAAGAGACACAAAGACCUCACAGAUGCAGUAGCUUAUUGUAUUGCAAAAGACAUGCUACUAAUAAGCACCGUUAAAUUUCAUUUUUUGUAUCGUGAUAUAUAUCAAUAUCGACUGAUAUGAAAUAAUAUAUCUGAUAAACUUUUUCCCAUAUCGCCCAGCCCUACUUUGACCACACUUGGGUCAUCCCUCUACCAAAACCUCUGAUACCAGACAGCAGUGUGUGAAAAAAUGCGCAAAGUUUGAUGACCUUGUUCUCUUAUGCUCAAUAUCAAGAGAGUGUGUGGUAAAUAAAGAAGUUUAUAAAGUGCACAUUAGAUAUCUCUUAAAGUUCCUAUACUAUGUCUGUGUACUGCUUUUUGUGUUUUACAUAUUUCAUUUUUUUUGCAAUAUGUCCCCCCUGAAUCCAAAAUAAAUGCACCCAAAUUGUUUUUUUUUUCUUUACUGUAAUAAAUCUCCAGCUGGAGGUUGGGAAAUUGUGCAUAGGUGUCAAACGUUAUGUGUUUUGCAGCACUUUCCUGGACCCCGUGACACGACGAGCCAUGGGUGAGCAGGCAGUGCAGUUGGCCAAGGCUGUGCAGUACUCCUCUGCUGGCACUGUUGAGUUCCUGGUUGAUUCUCAAAAGAACUUUUACUUCCUCGAGAUGAACACGCGACUUCAGGUCAGCAAAGGAUGAGUGUCAUUGUGUGUAUGUGUGUAAAUGCGGAUGUCCAUGCAGGUCAUAGGUGAAAAUGAUAAUCAGAGUGUUACCCAACGAAAACCAAAGCAUUGAACCACUUCAUUUUUCAAGUAUUGAGUUGGUCUAGUUUCUUUUUUUGGCCUUGCAGGUGUGAUGUGUGCAUAAGCAUUUUCUCGUUAUUGGAGACAUUGUGAAAAAAGGGGCCGAAUUCAGAGGGUGUGCCACAGCAGAAGAGCAUUAGGUAUUAAAUGGAAUUGCGACGUUUUUUCCAUUCUGUGAUGUUAAGUAUACUGCGUUUUAAAAAAAAAAGACAGGAGCUUCAGCCGGAGAACUGGUGCUUUUACGUAUCUAUGAAUAACUAAAAUGACAACUUAAUUAUACUUAUUUGGGAAUACAUUGAAGUCUGUUUUCUGCUAUCAAAUCAAAUCCUCUGACCUUUACUGCUUGCUCCAGUGUUUUUAUGCCAGACUCUGAAUAGCAUGGAUGCAUUCCUAGGAAGCUGGGUAGCAAACAAAACCUUAAAGGUCCCAUGUGCCAAUUUCACACAACUUUAAAAUAGUCCCCUGGUGUGUUAAAAGCAUGUCUGUGACAUCCUUCGGUCAAAAUUCAAUUUGGAUCAAUUAUUUUAGUGCUCUUUUUAUCAGCUAAAAACAGCUCCGCUCAAAAUCCUCCGUUCUGGGCCAUGUCUCUUUAAUGAAAUGAGCUGCACCUAAGCCACGUCCACUUUACACUCAUCUCUCUGGAAGGGGCUGUGGCUGUGCUCCGAUAGCCAUGUGCUAAUGUUUACACUGGCUUGGUCAUGGUUGCAAGAAGAUCGCUCGUACAACCCUACCAGUUUGAGCCAGAGUCUGACCCAGAGGGAGAGGCUCCGGAAGAAACUCUUAGCCGCGUUCAGACCAAACGCGACUUGAAGCGACAUAGUCGACACAUCCUAUGUAUUAUUCAAAGCCGCCAGGAGGGUCACGCUUAAGGAGGAAGAUAUGAAUGUAGAAAAAAUUACAACCAGAGCUCUGCUACAAUGUAAGAUUUUGGUGCUCUAAAACUUCUCUGAAGCCUUUGCUAAUUAAUAGGAUGGCUGACCAUCCAGCAUUAGCCGGGACGUCCCGUAUUUGAGCCAAAAGAGGCGCGUACGGGUAAAUGCUAAAGCUACAUGCUGCUCUGGAGGGGGAUUUUGUCCCCAGCCGGCGGAGUUGUCGGGGAAGAAGCAAGCGGCUAAAAUACGGGAGGAUCAGGUAAACCGGCGCAGAUCCGGUGUGUUUAUCAAAGCGUGGUGGCCGUGCUGGGCACCGGGGGGAAUUUAGGCUAAACAGUAAGUCGAAAUAAAACGUUCACACUUACAAAUGCCACGUAUGUAGUAGGAUCACGGAUAGUUUGUACGGAUCCAUUCUUAUCUUCAGACAUCUAGUAAAUCCAGCGUUGAACUGUCUCUCGUUGAUAAAAUAGUCCAAAGUGAAAUGGUGCGCACAUACGUACGGAUAUUUUGGAAAUGCCGCGGGUACAUUCCCAUUAUAAAUAAAAUCCACCUAUUGAGUCCUCAAAUCCUCUGACGAGGGAGUUUUCAAAAGAGUUUUGUGCUCGUUUGUGCAGCCAACAACAGAGCAAACGCUGCCUCUUUUUCAGAUCGUACUUUCGCCAUGGUUCUAACCGGAGCAAUGCGAGCGAGCGGCCGGGAAUAAUGGCGCUGUUUUGAUAAUUUUGUGAGCAGGGCAGUGGGCGGCUCCAUGGGCAGUACCAUCAACCCGCCAGCACUGACAUGACGUCAUGUCAGUGGAGUGUUCAGAAUGGCCGGCUCUGAGCGCACAGUUCCUAAAUACUGAGAUAACUAAAAAACGACUGGAUGGAAUUUCUAUCCCUGAUAUGCACCCCCCUCCCAUUGACAAAGUAAGUUUUUCACGCCAUGGCCCCUUUAAUAGACCAAGAGAGGACAUAAAAAAGACAAAACUUUCCUGACCAACAGCGCAGAGUUGUAAAGGGACUGUGUUUUCAUUGUCUGGCUAACAUCCUAUUACCCUCCUACUAACGCAUGUUGCUGGCUGUUUUGAUGCCUAACACAUUGAUUGGGAGACAACCUUAUAGUAACAAGUGGAAAGAGGGCACCCACCGCAGCAGAGGCAGAUGACUUAACUGUUCAUGUAAAUAUACUGAUUGAGGUGCUAGGUAAAUCUCGGGGUUAGGUAAAUGUUGGGAUGUGGAACAGCUGUUGAUAACUUUAUUUUAUGAAGUGAGACACCAAACAUUGACAAGCUGACACAGCAACAGCCAUUGAAUAUUGUCCACACAACCUUAAAAUCAUGUCUUUGGUGAAGAGGACCUUCAGGCUGUACUAAAGGAAAUUGGAGUGGAUUGGAUUAAACACAUGAGAGAAAUUCACCUGAGUGUUACUCUGGAAAAUAUGGCCAAAAAAAAACAAUGUUUUUCAGACAUCAAAUUUGGGCUCAACGUAGGCUGGCACUCAGGCCCCAGACUUGCAGGGUUGCUGUUUCAAGGCGAAUAAUGUGCCACAAGAAAGUUGAGGGGAUUUCAGACAAGUAGACAGGAUUUUACAGUGGUGAGGUGAAGGCAGCACCCUUUUUUUUUUUUUUUUUUAAAGAUGAAUAUGUUUAGGUCAGGCCACCUCAUAAGCACAAGGAAUGCUGUGGGAAUAUGUUGAAGUAAGCUAAAGCAGUCCAGUACAUUAUGAUGCCGCAUUGUACAGAGCAUGUCCUCUAAUGGAAAACUAAUUUUUUUGCACACAUUAAGGUUAUCAUCUUGAGCCAAAACCAUGCAGUUAUGUCAAUUUGUCAUAAAGUGAUAUCUUGAUAUUCCUGCUGCCUCUGGUUGUGAUGAUGCAUGGAGAGUUCGGGUCAGGUUGGACCAUGCAUGGCUGAGAUAACAAACUACCUUCUGUCUGAAUAUGAAACACCUAAUUUUGAGAGCUUGCCAUUGCCACACUUUUUGCCCAGUUAAAAUUAGCUCAUGAGUUUUUCAUUAAUGGUCUCUUUCACCUGUAUACCUGUUAACAAGCAGAUUGGAUAAACACUGAGAAGAAACUUGUCAAAGGACCCCUGCAAAUGGCCCCAAAACAGGUGAUUUUCGCCAUUUUCUUUGUAAUAGCUGACUUCCUGUUGACAUUUCACUAUGACAUUAAGGCUGCAGCUAUAACAAGUGAAAUGUGGACAGUAUUUUCAAAAUUUGUUGGGGGUUCAAACAACCAACCAGCCCAUCAGUCUUUAUUUAGAGAGCCCCAAUUCACAACAAGUAUAAUCUCAAUAUGCUGGACACAAAGAGCUGUUUCAGACCAGACUCUGUUUACGAAGACCUAGUUACUGAGGAGAGGAAGAACUUCCUUUAACAGGCAGAAACCUCAAGCAGAAACAGGAUCAUGUCAGACAAUCAUCUGCUGAGACUGAACUGGGUUUAGAGGGGAGAGAGGGAGAUGGAGAAAGAGAGAGAUGGACAGAGGAGCGAGAUAAACAACAACAACAGCAGUAGCAGUAGUACAUACAGCUGUAUGGUUACAGUGCUAGAGAUAAUGGAACAAGUAUGUGAACUAUUUAUGGUUGCAGCAUGAUGAUAAUGGUAGACUGAGCUUAGUUUGAUAAAAAGCAAAUUCAAGUCAACGGAACUAUAGCAUUAACAUAGCAGUGAUAACAUCUAUAGCAGGGGUUCUCAAUUAGAAAUGUAAAAGGUCCAGAAAAUAAAAUUUGAGGAAGUCCACAGCGCAUGCAUGGUGGCGAAAAAUGUUGGCGUUUUUUAUUUAUUUUAUUUUUUACCUUUUUUUAUGUUUUUAUGUAGUUUUAGGCUGGGUGUACUGUACUGUACUGUACUGUAAUAAUCAGGAGUUGUUGGAAGGCACAAAAACAUUCAUUUUCAGCAUCACACUGAUAUUCUUUCUUACUAAGUAUUACUUAAUAAAAUAAAAUAAGCUUUUUAUUAUAUCUGUUUGUAGCUCAGAUUUUGGGGGGCAGUCUCUAUCAAAAUCACUUCUCAUAAUGGCAUUUUAUGUUUUCACUUUUUAUCAGAGCAACACUGCUUUGCACAAAAGACACAUUGGCUUUGUGCUUGAAGGAGGUAAGAUAAUCAUAUAUUUGUCGGUCCAUUUGUCAGUGAAUCAGCGAUUUUCAGUGUCCACCUUUCUCUGAUUUGCCAUUUUGAUGUCUUGUGCUGGGUGUGAGCAAUGCUCCUGCUGCAAAGACGUUACCGCUGCCUGCGCCGUGCAAAGAAGACAGACUGAAGGAGAAAGAUGUGUGACUGCCGGUUUGCAUAGUUAUCAGCCAAUCAGCGUAUCGUUGUCAUGGGAAUGGCAGCCCAUAAUGCAAGCGUGAGCACGCGCACAGUCACACACACACGCGCUCUCUCUCUCUCUCUUGGCCAGUCUAACCUCGCGUCAGUCAGUCAGAGAGGUGGGUCCACAAAGAGGUGGUCCGCAGUCCGGACGUGGACCGCGGUCCGCCUAUUGCGGACCCUGGAUCUAUAGUAAUGACACUGAGUUAAGAAAUGGAGGUUGUAAUUAGAACAGCUGAAAGAGAAAAAGUCAAAAAGUUCUGCAGUAAGUUAGGCUGUAUUGGCUAAAUGAGAUUGUGUUGGUUCGUUCCUCUUUAGUGGGGCAACAUAAACUGUGAUUCAUAAAAUAACUCUAUUGAUAGUAAGUACUAAAAAAAUAUCUACUCAUGCCAUCCAGCCGAUUUUUAGUGAUCAGUGUUUCGGUGUUGAACUAUUUCCUUUCUGCGGCGCAGUGAUACUUGCACACGCGCAAUCGAAUAUGCAAAGGGGUGUAGCGUUUUUUGUCACGUGGACCAAUAGGAGCCGAGUCUCGUUGCCAUAGUAUCAAAACAACACAAACAUGGCGACGAGUGCAUCUUGCAGCGAGACAAGCGGAGAGGAAGAAAAGAAAAGGAAAAAAAGAAAACAGCCUUCAAAAGUGCAUAAAAAAGGAACGAAACGUUGCUUUAUGCAUCUAUCAUCUGUCCAGAGUGAAGACGUUCUUGACUUUACAAGGACACGUUGGGAAACUUACAGAACUUGUAUUAGAAAGUGGCUUUCUCUACAGGGUGAGACAAAGGACCUUGCAGAAACUUACAAACAUUGCGUUGAUAUCGACUUUGCCAAUGUUCCUGAGGACACUAGGUUUCACAUGACAUGCUACCAGCGAUUUAUUUGCAAGGGUGUUAGAGUUUGACCGAAAAGAAACAAGAACGUGAUGCAGCCGUGGGUCAGUCAAACCCUUUAGCCAGCAUCGCCGAUGCAUCCAUGUCCACGGCAUCUGAAACUCCGCGAAAAAAACUUUGCUCGGGGUCAUAGGCUGUAUUGGGACAAAGGAAAAAGUGCCUAAAAAGUGAAUUUCCUUCAACUACGCUGGUGCUACUUGUUCAAUGCAUUUUUGCAUAGACAAUACCAUUCUGGACUUUGGGUUAAAAUAUCUACUUGGACUAUCUGUCCGACUUUUGUCACCAGCCAGAAAUGUAUAUAUAUGUGAGUAACCCAAAAAACAAUUAUAUGGUGCUGCUGUUUUUGCUUGUAGAAACUGCUGUGUUGAUACUGGCAAGACAAAAUCUUUCUCAAAUGUCAUAAAUACAUCUACCUAACAUCUGAAACAGUUAUUGGUGCCUUAGUAUACGCAUAAGUGAAUUCAGAUUAUGAAAUGUAGCAAAUUUCUUGAAGAAAAUGUCUCAACUCAAUCAAUCAAUCAAUCAAUCAAUCAAUCAACUUUAUUUCUAUAGCACAUUUAAAAGAACCACAAGGGUAGCCAAAGUGCUGUACAGUGACACAUAAAAACAAAUAAAACAAUCAAAGAACAAGAUAAAGCAAGCAGAAAUACAUUAAUGCAAAAGAGUAAAUAAGUGUAUGAAUAAGGAGGCUCACAGCAAGUGCUAAUAAAAACAAAUUAACACUACAAUGUACUAAAAGCCAAUGAGUAAAAGUGCGUUUUUAAAAGGGAUUUAAAAACAGGAAAUGAGGAGGCCUGUCUAAUUUUCAAGGGCAACUCAUUCCAGAGCUUAGGAGCAGCAGCGGAAAACGCUCUGUCCCCUCUGAGCUUCAGCCUUGUACUGGGGACCAUCAGUAAAAGCUGAUCAGCUGAUCUUAGGGGUCGGGGUGGGUAAUAAGGCUGGAGCAUCUCCGAAAUAUAGGGUGGAGCAAGGUUGUUCAGGCCCUUAAAAACAAAUAUUAAAAGCUUAAAAUGAAUUCUGUACUGAACAGGGAGCCAGUGUACGGACGCCAGGAUGGGGGUGAUGUGCUCACGCCUGCGGGUCUGUGUCAGGAGACGUGCAGCAGAGUUCUGCACAAGCAGGCAGGCAAGGGAAGCCUGGCUAAUCCCUACGUACAAGGAGUUGCAGUAAUCAAGACAUUUUUGUCAUGUUACAUGUUUUCCAUUAUUCCAAUUUUGGGGGGGCGUGGUAGAAAUUUGAUUGAUUUUCAGCCAUUUAUGGCCAUGGUGUGCUGUUUAUAUUUUAUUGCUUUUAUUACACAGUAGGUUGUGUCAUUUUAAUGUAUGAAACAUAAGAGUUUAGCUAAAUUUACGGUAUAUAUUUCAUUGUGCUGGGUGAAAAUCACUUGAGUUGAGACGUUUUCUUCAGGAAAUUUGCUACAUUUCAUAAUCUGAAUUCCCUUAUGCGUAUACUAAGGCACCAAUAACUGUUUCAGAUGUUAGGUAGAUGUAUUUAUGACAUCUGAGAAAGAUUUUGUCUUGCCAGAAUCAACAUAGCAGUUUCUACAAGCAAAAACAGCAGCACCAUAUAAUAGUUUUUUGGGUUACUCACAUAUAUGUACAUUUCUGGCUGGUGACAAAAGUUGGACAGAUAGUCUGAGUAGAUAUUUUAACCCAAAGUCCAGAAUGGUAUUGUCUAAGCAAAAAUGCAUUGAACAAGUAGCACCAGCGUAGUGGAACGAAAUUCACUUUCUAGGCACUUUUUUUUUUUGUCCCAAUACAGCCUAAGUGUUAGCUUUACAACCAUGACAGAGAUGGAGAGACUGAUACUAAUAAAUAACAUUAGUUUUGAAACCAGGACAGAAACAGGGAGGCUGAUGCUAAUAAAUACACAAGCUUUGUUAGCAUAGAUAAAAGGAGAACGACUGAUGCUCAUGAAUUAACAUUUGUUCUGUAACAGUGUUGAAAACAAAAAUGCUGAUGCAUGCAAGUGAAGCAGCUGGAAAGCAGGCAGGUCCACAUCAACAAGAUGUCUGCAGCAGUAAUCCGGAGGAACCUACGGCAUGAUGGAGUUCAGAGACUCUGAGAAAUAAGACUGUAUUAGUGACUUUAAUUGGAAAUGAUGAUUCUAAGUAAUUGACAGACAGAAAGAGGAUGUAGAUGGAGGGAAAGGUGCUACAUGUGAAGUCUACUCUAAAAGGUAGAGGGUGUCUGACCCCCGCACCUCGACUGAUAGAUGAUUCCAGAAGAGAAGGGCCUGAUAGCUGAAAGCUCUACUAGUCAGACCACUUAGCUUUGUAGAUCAGAAGAAGAAUUUUAAAUUCUACCUUCACUUUAAUGGGGAGCCAGAAGCUAAUGCAGGGGAGAUGUGCUUCUGAUUCUGGUCAGGACCUGGGCUGCAGCAUUUUGGACCAGUUGAAGAGUCUUUCAAGACUUGUUAGAACAUCUGAAUAAAGGGGAACUACAGUAAUCCCCUGCCCCCUACCAUGUUCAGAACCCUUAAAAAAAGCCCAGUUCACAACCAAGAGUCUAUCUUCGGUAUGGACCCUUCUCUCACGAAUGCUGGUCAUGAGGAAGCCCAGCCCUGCACAGUAAAAGGGGGUUGCGUUACUGAGCUGGAGCCUUGAUGCUGGGGUUCAACGCUGGAUAUUCUCAACCAGCUGGAGGAUGAACCUCUUAUCUCAGACUAUAAUGUGGAGGAGGACUGCCCUGGUGAUGACUGUUUGCUGUCUUACAAGGAAGAUGACUGCUGCUUUGUUCACCUCACCCCAACCAUGAGCUCUUCAGGCUGGUCUCCCUAAGCUAAUAACGAGUCUGCACAGCCACAGCCUAGGUUUGACAUGCAUGACAUCUGCAAGUGUAAGAGGCUACAGAUUUCCUGGCCCACUUGACGGCAGAGGGUCCUUGCUCCUGAAAAACUGCCCUGAGCCAAUCCUGCAACUCCUCCCAGUGUUUCCGGAGCUCCUUGAAAAAUUUCCAGUAUGCUGGAGAGAGAAUCAAUAUUCAAGCAAGACCCCCCACUCAGGGUGUGUCUCAGGAAUGGAUAAGCACAGCACGGCCCACUUCCCUCCCAUGGAACGGCUGGUGGCAGCCUACCUCCACCCCAAGUCGUCAGCUGCUUCAUCCAGACCACCCACACGACCCUCAGUCCACCAUGACUGAGAAAGCGUACAGCGAUAGUUCUGACAACACCUCCAUGUUGACAGCCUAUCAGGCAGAGCACAGACAACACUUUUCUAGCAGGGACCUUCUGUGGCUGACCCACAGAAGGGGGGUCAGUGAUGGUCGUCUGGACUACUGUCAGAUCAGCAGUCUGAACCAUGAUUGUGGUUGUGUGGACUGAACCAGAGUGAGAGAAUAAAGGCUCAGUAAACCUUUGUAGAUGGUCAGAGUUCAUCAGCCGUUGGAGAUCUUUACAGGACUGGAAGAACCAACCAGAGAAUGGACUUUGACACAAUAUUCUUAUGUUUUCAGAUGGGGGAUUUUUGAUUCUUGUGCUCUGUAAGCUGUAAAAACUCCAACAACAAAAAAAGGAAUUCACUUUGUGUGUAAUGAAUGAUGUAAUGUAAUCUACAGUAGAUUAUAAUAAAGUUUAACUUUUUGAACUAAAUAACGGGAAAAAUGAACUUUUUCAGGACUGUCUCAUUUUUUGAGCUGCACCUGUGGUAUUCAAAGGACCUGACCUGCAUCAACUGACCCAGCACCACAGUAGUUCACUGGCUGAAACCUUUGUUACUGUGUGUAACUUUUGACCCCAGGUGGAACAUCCCAUUACAGAGUGCAUUACUGGCCUGGACCUCGUGGAGCAGAUGAUCAGGGUUGCCAAGGGUUAUGCACUUAAGCAAAAACAAGAAGAUAUUCCCAUAAAUGGCUGGGCCAUAGAGAGCCGUGUCUACGCUGAGGUCUGUAUGUGUAUGUGUUUAGUAAUGUGUGAUGAAAAGUGUGUGUGUGUGUGGAAUAUUCUUUUAGAAUAUGCGCUAUAGAAGACUGUAUGCAAACACUGAUCCUUUAGAAAGGACGUCUGCAGUGCCCUACAAAUGAUGACUCAUAUUUCUCUGCAUUCUUUGUUGGUUCAAGGACCCAUACAAGUCUUUUGGACUUCCUUCCAUUGGACGGUUGUCUCAGUACCAAGAACCAACCAACAUCAGCAAUGUAUGCCACUGUUUGUGUUUCUAUUUACAUGUAUAUAUUUUUAAAUGUAUUCCCCAACACAAAACCCAUCAGCCAGUCUCCUCCUUGGAGACUUGUAUGUGGCCUGCCUGCCUGUCUGAAAACUGUCUCGUCUCCUCCCCACAUUGUCAGGUUCGUGUUGAUAGUGGGAUCCAAGAGGGGAGUGACAUCAGUAUCUACUAUGAUCCCAUGAUUUCUAAGGUAGGUGGCAUAUGAAAUAUGACAGUUUUGUUUUUUUCUUUUUUUCUUUUUUUUAUUUAACUUAAAACACAAAUUAAACCAAUUCCUUAAGAGUUAGUAUUUUAUCAGUAAUUUUGUUUGGUGUUUAUUGGUAGUUGGUGACCUAUGGAGCUACAAGAGCUGAAGCCCUUUCCAAAAUGGAGGAAGCUCUGGAUAACUAUGUUAUCAGAGGUAUACCAGCAGAUUCUUACAGUGAAUGGUAUGCAACACUGGCAUUAACUUGUAAAUGGAUUUCAGUUUUGGUAAUUAAGUUUGUUUAUCUCUCCAGGUGUAACUCACAACAUCCCUCUCCUACGGGAAAUCAUCACUCACCCUCGUUUUAUCUCUGGUGACAUUAGCACCAACUUCCUGCCAGAGGUUUACCCUGAUGGCUUCAAGGGUCACCAGCUCGAGGAGGAAAAAUGCAGGGAGCUGUUAGCCUCAGCAGCAGCAGUCCAUGUCACUGCCAAGCUUCGGUCACAAAUGGUCCUCAACAACCUACGGUGAGGAAGACAAAAGUUUGUCACUGGGGUCUAUGGGGGUCUUGUUUGUCAUACAGCACCCCUACAGUCAAAUUAAAAAGUUCUACAGUCAUAGAGUCUGCCACACACAGGCAAAAAGAUUUAAACCAAACAACAUAGUUGAAAAUGUUGAAAAUUAGACCUUUCUCCAGAUUCUGACCACCCAGAGCACUUUGGGUAACACACACUACAUAAAAGACCCACUAGCAUUGAUUUACCCAAUUCACACAUCACUGGCAUAGCUGGCAAGUGCAGUUUGGGAUUAGGUGCACUGCCCAAGGACACUUGAGCACUUUGAUGACUGUCUAACAUCAGUCUGGUUCUGCUCAAGGUUUCUACAUGUUAAAGGAAGUUCUUCCUCUCCUCUGUAAUUUGGUAAAUGCUGCAAAGUGUUUCACUGAUGAGGAUGAAGGUGGAUCAAAGUGGCUCUGAUCUUUCAAGAUGGGGCUCAGUCUUAUCCCAUCUUUACACUGGGUCUUUGUGAACAGAGUUGGUCCAGACCAGCUUUUUGUUAUGGGUCCUGAGAAAACAGUUGUUUUGAACUGGUGUUAUAUAAAUAAAAAUGAUUGCUCGAUGGCAGUGAUAGUAUUUGCAUUAAAUAAGUUGAGGUAAAUAAUAAUGAGGGUUGAAAUUGGAUCAGUUGAAACAGAGUUAAAAAGUUGCAUAUGAACAAAAGCUUUAUAACAGUGACAGAAAUAGAUUCAUGCUAGUAAGUUAACAUUAUCUUUGUAACAGUGUUAAAAUUGUAAGGUGUGUAGUUGAAAAACAGGCAGUUCCAUGUUUGCAGCAGUGAUCCAGAGGAACCUACGACAUGAUGGCGCUCAGGGACUCUGAGAAAAGACUUAAGUACCUACACUACAUGCCAAAAGUUUAGGAGCAAGGCCAUUACAGGCAGAACAGUUGGGAGUAAGUUUUUGUUCACAAUGCUUUUUUUAAAAUCCAGCAUGAGUUUUAUGUAUUUUGGGAUGUAUUUACUCCAUGAUCAGAUGUUGCUUUCAUGGAAAUGCACCAUUUUACUCCAUUCACUUUUAGAUUUACAUUGAUAUUAACAGACCAUUGCUAAAUAUAUGUCAGCAAAAGAAAAUAAGGGCUUAGUUCCAGGGUCGAAAACAUUUGCUAGAGUCACAACUUAAGUGCAAAAGCUAAAAAAACAAAUUGCAGUUGGAUUAUUCAAUUUUUUGGCUUAUGAGAGUCUGCAUACAAAAAUCCUAAUAAAUCUCAACUGCACUCCAAAUCCUCCAGAAAUGGCUAGAAAGAAGCAACUGAGUAAAGAAACAAAAGUACAGAUUUGUACUUUGAGGAAAGAAGAAUACACAGAAAGAGAAAAUUGCAAAAUGCCUAAUGGUGUCCAACAAAGGAGUCCACUACACUCUAAGGAGACUAGAGGAACCUGGAAGUUAUGAUGAUAGAAAAAGGCCUGGACAAAAGAGAGUUACUACAAAAGCAGAGGAUAAACAUAUCAUUGUCACCAGUAAGAGAGAUCGGCGAAAGACAGCACCAAAAAUAAGGGAGGAAAUUAACAUGACAAGGUCGAAACCCAUAUCUCUGACAACCGUGAAAAGACGUUUGAGAAAGGCUGGUCUGAAGAGUUGUGUAUUUGCAAAAAAACACUACUUCGUCCACAGAACAAGAAAAAGAGAUAUGAGUGGGCAAAAGCUCACAAAAAUUGGACUUAUGAUGACUAGAAAUAAGUUCUCUGGACCAAUGAAAGCAAGUUUGAACUAUUUGGUUCAAAGCGCAGAGUCAAUGUCCGCAGACAAACUGUUGAACGUCUGAAAGCACCAUAUGGUACACCCACAAUUAAGCAAGGAGGUGGUAGUUCCAUGGUAUGGGGAUGUUUUGCAGGUGAUGGAGUAGGAGAUUUGUUUGAAGUAAAGAGUAUCAUGAAGAAGUGACAGUACCACUCCAUCCUCCAGCACCAUGCUGUUCCAUCUGGACUCAGACUUGUGGGUCACAAGUUUGUUUUGCAGCAAGACAAUGACCCUUAGCACUCUGCCAAGCUCUGUCAGGGUUACCUAGACAAAAAAGAAGAAGAAGGUGUUCUUCAAAAAAUGGUUUGGCUCCCUCAGUCUCCAGACCUUUCUCCAAUUGAGCUUGUGCGGGAUGAAUUGGAUCGAUCGGUCAGAAAGGCGCAUCCCACGAAUCAGCAGUCUCUUUUUAAUGAACUUAAGAAAGCUUGGAAUGCAAUUCCUGGAACAUACCUUAGAAAACUUGUGGAAUGAAUGCCUCGUAUAUGCCAAGCUGUUGUUAAAGCCAGAGGAGGUUACUUUAAAGAAAGCAAAGUCUAAGCAACAAUAACUCAAAUUCCUAAUAAUUAUAGUCAAAAUGUCUUCUGAUAAGUUACUCUUUACACAAUAGUCAUGUUUAUUGUGUUGCAAAGUAUAUUAAUGAAACUAUGAUCUUUUUUUGUACAAAUCUAAUCUUGCUUCCAAACUUUUGGCCUGUAGUGUAUGUACUUUGUGCAACCUCUUCCAAAAACCUGAGUUCAUUUAGCUGACAAGGUUGAAAUGGCAGAAUCAAAAUGAUAAAAUGUUGUCCCUCUAAUGUUACCUCUAGGUCCACUAGGUAUCCAGUAAAAUGUACAAUUUAUUAGGUGUUACUCCAGGACAAGAAGCCUGGAUGUGUUUGGCCUUCAUUGAAAAAAAAUGGACCAUGUGUGUUUUGCAGUGUGUCCUCCACACCUGUGGAAUACAUGAAAUGGGAACUGUGUGUGGAGCUUGGGGGAAGAUGCUAUUCUCUGGAUGUUACCAAAUCAGGCAAUUCUUUUGCUGUGAGUAUUUAAUUUAUUGAAGUCAAAAGAAAGUCCCUUAUGUGGAUAAGAAUCCGUCUAGAACUGAAAACUCUUUGAAAAUGAGAGAACUUGUUUGGUGCCUUUUUGAUGAAACCUGGAAAAAAAAUCUCUGUAGGUGGAGGUGGAUGGAGGAAAAGUGGAAGUCAAAGGAGAGUUAAAUCUGGCUUUCCCAUUGCUGCCACUCACCAUAAAUGGUUCCCCAAAAAUGUUACAGGUAACUCUAACACACACACACACACACACACACACACACACACACACACACACACACACACACAGCACAGAAAUCAACCAAAUGGAGAGUAUUAUUUACUGUACAUUUUCUGUUUUUUUUGUUUUUUUUUAAUAGUGUCUGUCCAGAGACGCUUCGGGAAACAUUGUCCUGCAAUACCUGGGCACAUCGGUAAGGCACCAUAUCUGCAAUUAAAGUCACAUCAUUGCAGGAAGAAUAUUAUAAAGGUUGCUUUCUUUAGUCCUCUUGAUAUCCAGGAAGGCUUAGUUCUAGUGUUGGCUUUUACUGUAUAACUCGCACAACAAGUUAAGUCUGUCGCUCUACUGCCACAUUUAUAUCAGCAUCAGGACAAAGUGAUGGCCAGCUAUUGGAAGCCCUUUGCUCCUCUACAACUUCAGGUUUUUCUUUUUUUAGGAAACUGGUGGGGCAGCUCAUUUAAUUUGUUCUUUUUUAAUAAAUAUUUUUUAAUUCUUUUAACAGCUUGGCAUAAAAUAGUGUAAACUCUUCCAAAAUGAAGCUCCAUUUGAAAAUAUUUUCAGCUAUUGAAUUAUACACACCAACACAGAUAGGGUUACUGUAAUUUUUUUACUUUGCCAAGAGAGUGUAAGAUCAUUUCUGAUGAUAAUUUCUUAAACCGUGUUUGUUGGAUUGCCACCACUCUUACACUGUCUGUUUGCUUUUAGUUUAAGGUUCGUGUUUUGUCCAAGUUGGCUGCGGAGUUAAACUCCUUCAUGCCAGAAAAAAUUCCAGAGGACACCAGCAGCAUCUUGCGUUCACCGAUGCCAGGCACAGUGGUGGCUGUGUCCGUCAAACCUGGAGAUACGGUAACACAUCCCAAUGUGCAGGUUCAAAUAUUCACCCCCAGCUUAACUAGCAGAGACAGAAGUACGAACUGCUGAAGGGCUCAUCUGAAGGUGUAUGAUAACAACCUCCUACCUGAAGUGACACUACACCUGUGCAUUUCAUCCAGCAUGAAGGAAACAAAAAUGACCUUUGUCACAUCUUCUCUUUGUUUUCUCUUGACUUAAGAUAACGUGCUAACCCAUUUUUAUACACUUGGUGCGUGCGUGCGUGCGUGCGUGCGUGUAUGGCUGCAGGUCGCCGAAGGUCAGGAGAUCUGUGUGAUUGAAGCCAUGAAGAUGCAGAACAGUUUGACUGCUGCCAAGCAAGCGAAGGUAACAACACAAAAGGAGUUGCUCUUGCUAAUGUCAGUAGAAAUGUGUGUUAAUAUCUUAAUCAGGAGAUGGAAUCCGUGUGAAUUGAUAAAGGGGACAACAGAUUUUCCACAGUACUAGUAGUCUUCUUCUCACCCUCCAGGUUAAGAGUGUCCAUUGUACGCAGGGGGAAACUGUAGGAGAAGGAGACCUUCUGGUGGAGCUCGAGUAAAGCACAGCCCGUGGCCUCUGAUACGUAAUAUUAGCACCGGGAUGAGAGAGAGACCCAGAAGGAAGCUUGGACAACAGUGACCACUAGUAAAAUAAACCAAGGGUCUGCUGGGGGUCCCUAUGGAGACUGGACAACAACAGAGUUCUGUCUGUAAAAUAGUGACUCAGUGCUUAGCUGUAUCAGCUGUGUUUUUGUCUUUUCAUGUCCGAUCGUUAUAUACUGGCUGGUUUGAUGCAAAAAACUGAUCCUCUCUGGUGUGCCUCUGUUUGAUUUUUCCUCGAUCAGACUUUGGAUCAGUAAGCACACGUUGAAAACCCCAUAUACCCCAUGCUAGGUGGCCUUGUAGCAUUUAAUACAUUUGACACACAAACUGAAAGAACAAUGUGAGGAAAUGAACCUUUGUAUUUCUAAGCUUCUCUUAAGUUCACUGAAAAAACUGUCCUCAUCAGUGUUACUGUGUCUGAUUAGAGAGAUGACAGAUGUGUAUUUCAAAACAUAAACAGAAAAGUAAAACCAUACUGACACCAGCAGGGGUAACACGGUAACAUAUCCAUGGGAAUUUGGUUUCACUGACACUAAAGUACACUGUACAUACUGUACAAACAAUAAAGUACUUCUUUUUUUCAAACAAUCA